GGACAGGGCAAUGGCAGGGACCACACGGGGCACAGAGGGGUGAUGCUUGUGCUUUUCCUGGUCCUUGCCCUGCCUGGGUACAAAACCAGGGGCAGCCCCGGGCUGUGUUUGCAGGACCACGGGAUGACCAGGGGCUGUGCACAUGGCUGGGGGGUGCCUUCCCCCCCAGGACAUCCCCCGCACCUGCUUCCAGCACAGCCCUGGGCUCUGCCUGCAGCAAGGAUCCCUUUGGGAAGCGUUGCACAAGCCCAGGUGCAGCCGCACAGGGCGGUUGUGCAAGGCAGGACCAGCUUUUUGAGCAACAGCACCAUCCCAUCCGCGUCUUGUGCAAAAGGCUUCCGGAAAACACAGGGGGAAAAGGCACAAACAUUGGCACCCCCCCAGCCUGCUUUCCACCCCCAUCCUCCCCCAGGAAUUUAAGUGCCAGCAUCCCCCAGGGACCACACACAUCUCCCAGGGGACGCGGCAGCAUGAGGUCCGUGGCAGCCCUCCUCCUCCUGGGGAUGCUCAUCGCCUGGAUGGAGCUGCCAGCAGGCACCGCCUGGUCCUGCCCGCGCAUCCGCAUCACCUGCGCCAGGCCCAACCCUCCGAACGCGUGCGACAGCAACUGGCAGUGCCCCCGCCACCAGAAGUGCUGCCAGGGCCCCUGCGGGAGGAGAUGCCUCUCACGCCCGCCCAAUGUCCCCGCGUCCCACGCGUGAGGUCCCAGCACAGACCGAGGGGCUUCUCCGGCUUCUCCGGACCUCCCCGGCUGCAGGACCGGCUGCCACACGAUGCUACCUGCUGUCUGCUCGCCCUCUCCCUUCCCUUCCCCGCUGCUGUUACAAAUAAAGGAGCUUGUCCCAGGAG